CGACGGAUCCGAGUGUGUUUCCGAAUUUAGAGCGAAUGGCAGCAACAGGAAGCGAGAAAGCCCAACGGAUGUUGACAUGUUCUUCUAGGCUUUUGUGUCGUCCUCCUCCCCGUGCCCCAUGAGGUGGUAGGUGACUGGAGGCGUAGGUUUCCGAGGAAAUAAGCGACGGGAUUGUGCGUACGCAUCCCUGCCGACGGUCUUUUCACACGUAGGAGAUCGAGUCUCACAUGUCGAGCGGGCUAGGCUGCAGUACAGAAUGCCCAGCCCCUCGUCCGCUUCCAAUUGACACGCAGGGGGCACUCCAUAUUGGCAGGUGGAAAACUGCACUUUGAUGUUCAGGCCUGCGCACGUUUCUUUUUCGAACCUGACGAUUCUCUCAGGCACGCUGAGGCGGAGGUGAUAGGCCCUGCCCCGUGCCCCUCUCAUGACAACGUUUUGCCAGCAUCCGUGCAGUCACGCUCUCAGGCAAUGGUCAUCAGGCACGCUGAGGCGGAGACGACAGGCCCUGCCCCGUGCCCCUCGCAUGACAACGUUUUGCCAGCAUCCGUGCAUCACGCUCUCAGGCAAUGGGCACCAGGCACGCUGAGGCGGAGGUGACAGGCCCUGCCCCGUGCCCAAUUCAUGUCAACAUUUUGCCAGCAUCCGCGCAGUCACAUCCCCACGGAGGGAGGUUUUCUGCACGACCGAGUCCAGGAGCGAUGUGGCGCUCAGGCACGACAGCUUGCGCCAGGGGCGUUCAUAACAGCCCCGCGCCCGCAGAGCCUCGAUCAUUGGCGCAGGGCAAGCGCAUCGGACUUUGCCGAUCGCACGCGUUUUACCAAUCUGUUACGUUUCAUUUCUGGCCACCCUCGGCGUGAAGACCAUGCCAGGGCGUCGUGCCAGCAGCACGUGUCUCACGGCUCGUUGUGUGGUACUGUUUUGAUGUUCCUGGCAGUUGGGGCUUGUUUGCACCGCAGCGCCAGGCGCGUCACCAGGAUCUGAUGAUCCCUGCUCACCAAGGAAUCCGAUUAGAGUUUGGACUCAUUUUGUCUGCUCGAUCUGUUUUCCAAUGGAAUUGCGCCUUCUGAUCAAACUGUACGCCGUCAGGCUUGAGCAUGCCAGCGACACAGUUUGUGCCUCACGCAAUAAAAAAAUGGUUCGAGCUUCUUCGGCGGCGCGCCGAGGGGGGAAGUGAGAUGGUUUGGUCAUCGACAUUCCGUUUUUGAGCGUGCGCUGGCUCUUGGUAGCCGAUGAGAGCGCUCCGAUAUAGCGUCGAUUCAUGUCGAUUCAGCGUCGAUCAGAAUCGACUAGUGUCGAGCA